AUGUUCAAUGGUCUCAGGUAUUGUGACUGCUUUCCCAAUGGAGAAUUCAGCCACAGCUGCAACUGCACUAACUGUUUCAAUAACCUGGAGCAUGAAGAGGAACGACAAAGGGCUAUCGCAGCGUGUUUAGAUAGGAAUCCCAAUGCAAUUCGUCCCAAAAUUGGCAAAGGCAAAGAAGGAGACCUUGAGUUGCGUCAUACCAAAGGCUAUAACUGCAAACGAUCUGGUUGCCUCAAAAACUACUGCGAAUGCUAUGAGGCCAAGAUCCUCUGCAGUAGCAAUUGUAAAUGUGUUGGCUGCAAGAACUUUGAGGACAGCUCGGAGCGCAAGACAUUGAUGCAGUUGGCAGAUGCAGCUGAAGUGCGUGUGCAACAGCAGGCUGCUGCUCGCACCAAGAUGUCGGCCUGUGACCUGCCCAUCCGACCUGCUCCAGUGUCUGAGACGGGAGAAAGGCUGCCGUUUGCCUUCAUGACUCAAGAAGUGGCGGAGGCCACCUGCCAGUGCCUACUUUCACGCGCUGAAGAGACCAAGCGUCUCAAGAAGUCCUUUGUCGAUAUGGAGCGCUCCGUGCUGGAGGAGUUUGGCCGCUGCCUGGAAUCUAUCAUUGACAGUGCACACCGAACCAAGGCAAAGCAGCCAACUGUCGACACUUCGGAGAAGAGAAGCGUACCUGCCAGCCUCCCGCCAGAGCGUGCUGCAUCGCGCAGAAUUAAGAUGGCCCGGCGUAGGCUCAACCUCUAA